CCAGCUGGACCGGAAGUAGAUCCGUUCCGCCGCAAUGUUUGCUAAAUAGCCUGUUAGCAGUGAUGAGACCAGACUGUUUACAGAAGUUUCUAAGUAAAGGUGUCUUGCACGCAUCACAAAAUAUACCCGAGUUAAUGUUUUUGAGGGAGAACUGUCCGUUUGCGUCAAAAUGUCGGACAGAAAGCGAAGAAGAGAGAAGGAGCGCGAAGACAGACGAGAGCACAARAAACACAAGACGCCCAAACAUGAGAUGGAAAAACUCCACACACAAACCAAGAAACUCAGCCAAGAGGUUCAAAAACUGAAGCAUAUCGAGACUUUCUAUGAAAAACCUCCACCAGGUUAUAUAAAGGAGUAUGAAGAGAAACCAGAGGACUGUAUUCCUGCUGAUCCGGGGAAUGAAGACGCCAGAAACUUCCUUGCUCACGCCCCCACCAAGGGGCUCUGGAUGCCUUUGGGAAAGGAGGUGAAAGUGAUGCAGUGUUGGAGAUGCAAGCGCUACGGACACAGGACAGGGGACAAGGAGUGUCCUUUUUUCAUCAAAGGCAACCAGAAACUGGAGCAGUUCAGAGUGGCUCAUGAAGACCCGAUGUAUGACUUAAUUAGAGAAAACAAACGGAAUGAAAAAGAAACCAGGAUCCAGCAGCUGCAGCAGCUGCUUCAGGACACCACCUCUUCCUCUUCUUCCUCCUCCGACUCCGACUCAGACAGCUCAUCGUCCUCAGGCCACUGUCGCAAGAAGAAGAGAAAAAAGAAGGACAAGAAGAAAAAAGAGAAGAAGAAGAGGAGGAAGAAGCGAAAGCACAAGUCCUCUAAAUCUAGUGACAGCUCAGAUUCAGAUUGAGACUUUAUCAACAUAAAUAAUGUAAACGUUAGAUGAGACUUAAAGAUACAGCAGUGACUGUAGACCGCAGACUGUGAAACAGCAGAGUGUGAUGAGGGUGCAGGCUGCAAGCUGAAAUAUAAGCUUUAUUUACUGCGCCUGACUUCUGAAGCAUUUCUUUUACCACCGGACGAUGACUCGGUCAGAUGAGGUCUAUGCUUUGAUGCAUCCUGGUGUGAAGCAUUGUCUGCAUGAACAUUAAAGAGAACCGAGUCUAAUAUAUAAAAACUAUUUCCCUCAUUAGAAUGCAUCUGGAAAUAUUACAUAAUCAAGAUUGUAUUUUCCACAGUUUUAUAUCUAAGUGGGAUUAAAAAGUGAUUGUAGCAUAUUUAAUCCACAACAAUACAAUAGAAAAGCCAAAGUAAAAAGUCAGGGGUCAGCUGGAAUGUGAAAGAAAGCCUGAAAUGGUUGUAAACCAAAACAAAUGGAAAAAUUUAAAGUCUGAAUUUACUUAUUUGUUUUGAAAAAGAACUGAACGUUUGUGAAUAAAUUCCUGUCGUAAAUAA